AAAAUUUUAGUGCCCUUUUGAAAUUCAAACAAAAAUAUAAAAAUAUUAGCUAGCACUCUCCUUACAUCUCUUCUUUCCACAUAAUAUACCAAAUAAAGAAUUACUUGUUGUAUUUCUUUUCAUUAUUUUAAAUUUUAUUUUUUUGUUCUUUUUUCAUACAAAUUGAGGAGUUGACAAACCGGUUGGUUGAAUGAAUUCAAGAGGUUUAUCCGUGGCUUCCUCUCUGGAUUCUCCUGAUCCACUUUCGGAAAGGAGUCUUAUAGAGGAUAGUAAUAACAGUAGCCAAGGCGGGGAAAGAAACUUCUUUGAUCAUCAACCUAUUUUGCUGGAUCACGUCUCCAGUUCUUUCAGAAGAGAAGUAGUUAACAGAUCCUUUUCCAUGAAAGCUGUAAAUAAAAAUGAUGAAGAUUUGGAAAAUGGGAUGUUGGAGAAAGAUACAGAGAAGUCAGCACGCAGCAAUAAAGUUGUCACAGUACACAAUAAGGCCUUGCUAUCCGGAGUCGCUUAUUGUAUUUCGUCCUGUAGCAUGAUAUUAGUGAACAAGUAUGUACUCUCCAGCUAUGACUUUAAUGCAGGGAUUUCAUUGAUGCUCUAUCAGAAUUUUGUCUCGGUUGUGGUGGUUUCUACCUUGAGACUUUUUGGGGUAAUUUCUACAGAACCACUCACUUGGAAGCUAGUCAAAGUCUGGUUGCCUGUUAAUGUUAUAUUUGUUGGGAUGCUUAUAACAAGUAUGUUCAGUCUAAAGUACAUCAAUGUUGCUAUGGUCACUGUCCUGAAGAAUGUCACUAAUGUGAUAACUGCUGUUGGUGAGAUGUAUUUAUUCAACAAAACCCACGAUAACAGAGUUUGGACUGCUCUUUUCCUGAUGAUUAUUUCAGCAAUUUCAGGAGGAGUUACUGAUCUUUCUUUUCAUGCCAUUGGUUAUACAUGGCAGAUUAUUAAUUGUUUCUUGACAGCGUCAUAUUCUUUGACUCUACGCAGGGUGAUGGACACUGCCAAGCAAGUGACUAAAUCCGGGAACUUGGACGAAUUUUCAAUGGUUCUGCUAAAUAACACGCUUUCACUGCCUUUAGGCAUUGUGCUUAUAUUAAUAUUCAACGAGGUGGACUACCUUUCUAGAACGCCACUAUUACAAUUGCCAACAUUCUGGUUGGUAACAACCUUUAGUGGAUUUUUGGGCUUAGCAAUUAGCUUCACAUCUAUGUGGUUUCUUCACCAAACAAGUGCCACCACUUAUAGUCUUGUGGGAUCACUAAAUAAGAUACCACUCUCUGUUGCUGGUAUUUUCCUCUUCCAUGUCCCAACAAGUCUGGAGAACUCUGCCAGUAUAUUCUUUGGCCUCUUGGCUGGAGUAUUUUUCGCCCGAGCAAAGAUGCAGGAGAAAUCUCAAUCUCGAUCUUGAACAGUGGAAACUAACACCCUUUCAAUUGUAUAUUAGCUUUUCUUGUACAACAAAAAAUGUGACAUGAUCAAUCAAUUCAAGAGAUAGAUCAAGAUUUUCAUUCAUCAA